GCCUGGACAAUAUGAUUAUUGAAGAUAGGAGCUUUUCAAUGAAUAGGAAAAUACCACGGCAUUAAUAUUCCGAUUCAUUAGAAAAGCGCGAAUCAAACAUUCUAGAUUCGGCUACUUGGUGAAUCGAUUGACUCUAUAACAAUCUACAAUAAUAAACCCUUUCCUCGUUUGAUCGACCUGCAGCUACCCCGGCUUCGAUUAGUUAUCUGAUCGACCAUGAGCUUUGCUCCUGCUCUUCGGCGUGGCCUGCAUGGCAAGCCAACAACAAACUUCAAUUGCCAGCUUCGAUACUUUCCUACAUCAGUUCGAGGGGUGUUUCCAUUCAGCCAAAAUGCUUCCAUUGCGACUUCUGCCAGCUCGGCGGAGGCUGGGCAAGAAUCUUUGCCCAAGCAAAAACAGCCAUUGUCCCAAGAGCAGAGGAAAUUCUUGGACAGUGCUCUACGCGUGAAUCAAGCUGGAGAGCUCGCGGCAACGUUAAUUUACACGGCACAAACCCCUCUAAUAGUCAAGUCGCAUCCCCAAUUACGAACACUCAUGAAGCACAUGUAUGAUCAGGAGGUGGUUCAUUUCUCCACAUUUAAUGAACUUCUUGCCAAGCAUCGCAUUCGGCCGACAGCAAUGUAUCCCAUAUGGCAGGCCGCCGCCACGGUUUUGGGAUGGUCCACUGCAGUGAUGGGACGAGAGGCAGCCAUGGCAUGCACAGAGGCUGUCGAGACAGAGAUUGGCGAUCAUUACAAUGGUCAGGUCAGAGAAUUUCUCGCGUGGAUGAAGGAGAUGGAAGACAAUGGCGAGGAAGUCGGUGAGGAAAUCCGCGAGCUGGUGCAAGUCAUCAGAAGAUUUCGAGACGAGGAACUAGAGCAUCUCGACCAUGCCGUUGAAAAUGAUGCAAAGUUGGCACAUGGCCAUGAAUUGCUAAGCCAGGUUAUUCGACGGGGAUGCAGAGCGGCCAUCUGGGUCAGCGAAAGAGUUUAGAAUUCCUUUCGUUUUAUCACCAGCUGCGGCGCAUUCGGCGUUAUUGGCUUAUGGAAACUCACACCUUUUGUACACUAGAGGGGAUAUGAAAAUACUGACGGUAGCUGGAACUCUCUUUUAAUCAACUUUUAAAAAAUAUUAUUUGCUUAGUACAAUAAUAGAAGCGGUCGUUGACAUCGUUUCAACCUAUUACAUCUUCCAAAGUCAAACUCGCAGCGCACCCGUCCUUUUUGCUUUCCGGUUCC